AUGCGCUACAGUCUUGCAGUCGGUUUGGCCUUUGCUGCCUCGCAGGCCCAUGCGUCACUCUUGGUUGAGCGUGCUGACAUCACCAGCGAUACCUGCGCCGAUGUCGUUGGGCAGCUCAAGGUGGUCAACCCCUGGAAUACCGCGACGACGAUUGUCUUUGGGAAUAUCAAUGCCUGUGUCUGCCUCUCGACCUUGAGCAGCUUUAUUUCCAGCAACUCCGUCACCCAGUCCGCUGUAGCCGUCGCUGGAAAAGCCGCAGUGACGACAGCCAUGAAUGCUAUGAUCAAGGCGUCGAAGCCAAAGACUUGCACGUACCCAGCUCACUCACCGGCGGUUUGCAAAAUCGGAAGCACGUGUGGCUUCACUUGCAAGGACGGCUUCACCCCUUCGCCGGCGAAAAACCCCACCACUUGCGUCUGCGCGAAGCCUUACACGAUCUGUAACGGAAUCUGCGGCAUCUACAAGGCAUGCCCUAGCGGUCACGUCAAGCGUGGCAUGUCUGGUAUGGACCUGCGCUGCCCACGGGGACUCACUGCCUGCGGCAUCCCGGGACGCGGUUCUAAAUCGUCCUGGGAAUGUGUCAACACCCAAAACGACCUCGAAAGCUGCGGCGGUUGUGUGCUUUCAGCCCUGACUGGCCAUGCUAUCGCUGAUGGCAUCGACUGCACCGCUAUCCGAAGGGUCUCGGAUGUGUCGUGCAUUCGGGGGCAAUGUGUCAUUCAUCGCUGCAUGGAAGGGUUCGUGCCCAGCCCGUCAGGCGAGUCGUGCAUCUCGGAAGAAAGGGCGAAGAAACUUGAUUAUCUUCAGUCUCAACACGAUGGGAGCUUUGAGUACCCUCUCCUAGAUUGA